AUGAUUCGGGAAACCGAAGCCGAACAGCAGUUCCAGCUGGUUGGAGCAAAUUCAUUUCAAAUAUUACUAUCUCUAUGCUCCUUCAUUUCCAUGGUGUCUGUUGCUGCUUUGUGCACAUCCGCUCACUGUUGCCGCAAGAAAUCUAAAAAAUCUGAACUGGAUGAGCCUUAUGGCAUCAUGGACGCAGGCGAAACUACAUCCGCAGGUAACCAAGCGGGUAACGUCGCGUUUCGUGCCAAUGGGGUGCCUAAUCUUCCUCAUCCUACUCGUUUUUCUCAGCCGAUUGCUGCGGGGCUGAGUUCUUGCGGACUUCAGGCCCUUCAGAGGUCAUCUGUUCCUUUAGCUCAACCUGCUUCUUCUGUACGAAGAGCAUUACCUAACCCUCCUCUCGCUGUGCCAUCUCAGGUCCCUUUGGAUUCAUCAGCUGGUCUUUAUUCGGCAAUCGAUAAAGUGGAUUUGGCAAAGGGAAGAGUUCAGUCUAUCCCUUAUAUUGAGGAUUCAGUUAAUCCAACGUACGAAUCAAUCGAUGCCGAGACUGAUUCAUUUUCUGAUCCUCUUUAUUCAAAAUUAGAUAUUGGAAAUCGAAGUGGUAGGAAAUAUGAUUAUCCGGCAUUCGUUGGGCAACAUAGAGGUAGUGGAGAAGAAGCAGUGUAUCAAAGUGCAUCCCAGAUCUAUGGAGGUGGAAGUGAAGAUCCAUAUAGUUCUAUCGCAAGUCACUCUGUUACUGAAGAUAAAUACAAUGUCGGGUAUGCUGCUUUUGGAGAUAGUUCUACUAACGGUUUUUCGUUUCCCCAGUGCAGUACGGCUCAUCAGUCAACAAAUGAGAAUGUUGAUCAGCUAUAUACAAAAAUACAGAGAGAUAUUCCGAGGAAAAGGGAACCUGGCGUAGAGCCGUACUCACCUGCUGAUAGUGGAAGCCCCUUCGAAUUUGUUUCGUACCCCCAAAGUGAUAGUGAAAAGACGAGUAGGGAACCGUCAUACCGGUACAUAACAGUACGAGAAAGUGUUGAUGUUAUACGGCAAAGAAUUAAUGAACGAGAAAGAAAUGGUGGAAGAAGUAACAGUGAAAGAAAUGGUUUCUCUGCAGAUUCAAGUGUGCCGUAUCGUGAACACUUUUAUGCUUCUAUUGAGGGUGGCAGUGAUUAUGAAUCGGUUUCGGGUAAUGCUAUUUACGAACAUUUGCCAGAGGAUGGAGAAGAAAAAUAUAGUGGAUUGCUUCCUAGUUCAUCGAACCAAAAAUUUGGAGUCAACCGCUUCAACCAAAGUAUUCCUCCGAAACCUCCAACUUCGCCUAUUCCAUCUUAUCGAGACGACCACAAGGCUGAACCGUCAGUGAUGGCUUCAUCAACUUCGUAUUCAGUAAACCUUUCAAAUACUCCCAGAUGUACGAAUCGAUCUGGCAGUGCUUUAUUUGCGGGGCCAUACAGCUACUUUUCUAUAAAAUCUAGUGGUGUUGCGAAACUCUCCAGUUCGCCGUCCGAGUCAUUUGCGCGAAAUGACGUUACUCAAGCUAAGACAUUAGAGAAUCAGAAUUGCGCAGGAAAUUCUGACAUCAACGGUCAUCCUGAAAUGCGUAACACUUCAAAAUUUCCAGAGUCAGUACGAGAGACCAGCGAGACAAGUGUUGCUGGUAGAUACGAUGAUAACGGUUUUCUGCCAGGAUCCCUCAUGCCGCCUUCUGAUUCUAGUAAUAUAAUCAAACCUUUGAAAGAUUUAGAAGCCGGAAAUUCAGAUCUUCAACGACAAGCUCUUUCUUCUGAAAAUUCUGAUUUUAAUACUGUUAACGAGUCCGCAAGCACAUUAAGUACGGAUGAAGUGAACGUUUCAAAUCAGACUACUGUUUCUCGAGGUCACAUCUGCUCAAGCUCGCGCUGGAUGAGUGCUGAGAAGGCUUUAAAUAUGGCAAAUCCUGAUGGAGUGAAAAAGUCAAUUACCGUUUCUCCUUCUAGGGAUUUUUGUUCAGAUUCUCGACUUUCUGAGAACAGCGAAUCUCUUAGCGUUUCAGAACCAAAUAAUUUGAAAGGGCUAAAACAGACUGUUUCUUCAAACGUUUUUCUACCUUGUUCGCACUCUGGGGGUGUUGAAGAGGCGUCUGAUGAAGGAAAUUUAGAGCAGCCUGGUAAACCGAGCAUCUCUUCAGGAAACUAUGCAAUCAGUCAUUUUCGCAGUGACGAAAGGGGGCGAGGCAGAUUAAAUUCAACGACACUGGCUCAUUUGAACGAAGAGCAUUCCUUUUUGGAGGAUCAUCAUGACAACUCACAUCUCAGUGUUACUGACAAGAGGAUUCGUCUAAAGAAUUCAUUUAUUUCGAGGCACUCAGACCAUUUUUUUGACUCGAAAGAGGAGCAUUUGUCAAAUUUUGCGCGGGAUGCGGGGGAGGCGUUGAGUGCAGUUAGUCUUAGUGAGCAGUCGGGAUUGACAGAGGAGCAUGUAUUUCCAGAAGGAUGUUCUCAAGGUAUCAAUCUUCCCUCUCCUGAGGUGUCGGGUUCAAUGGGCCCAAAGUGUCCAGAAGAGUUGAGCCACUUUUGUAAUUCCGAAAGCUUUUAUUCUAGCAACCCUUCUCAUAAUAUUAGAGAGAAGUCAAACCAGUUUGAGCCUGAAGAGUCAUCUCAGGAUUAUUUUAAUGAACAGAAGCAUGUGGCAAACCCGAAUCCUUAUGAUAAAGACAGAACUGUGGACAUAUCAGAAACAAAUGAUUUGGAAGAGAUGAAUCGGUUGUUUAACGGUAGAGAAACCUGUUCUACAGCUCCUCGUAACAGUAAGAUAAGUUUAAAUGGGUCAACCGAAGUGAAUCCCAGAAAGUUUUCCACUAAUUCUGAGCAUUAUAUGUCUGAGACAAAUCGAAACGAUUGCUCCAAAGACCGGUAUUCUAAAUACUCACAACUUCGCUACUUGAACAGCGUGACAAACACGUUAAAUCUUAACACCGUAGACGGGUCAGGUUUGAGCACGGGGGAAAGCCGUCAUACAACUUUGCGCGACAGUGAAGAAGUUUUGGACACGGUGGUUCCAGGUAACUCGAGGGAAACGGGGCACUUGAGUGCUUCACAAUGCGGAACAGUCUAUACUGGCUCCGAAGAAGAGAGGGAAGGUUCUCUACCGGAUAAUUCGUCUAAAAUUCUUCAAAAGGUUCGGAGCAAAAGUUCAGUUACAAAUUUCUCAGAGAUGACUUGUCCAUCAAAUUACUCGGAGGGUUCGAGGUCUUGGAGCUGUUGCGUUGAGGUUUCAGAAACGACAGAUAAUGGAUCGGAAGCUGGUUACGAAUUUCAGUUACCAGUCAGCACUUCUGGAAACAAUACUAGUGAGAAAGUUGCAAUUCCGAGGAGAACUCAUUUAGACAGUGACUCUCCGUUGGCAUGUGGUGGGAACAUUUGCGAAGAAAAUAUUUUGAAUUUAAACGUCAGCACGUUAGGUGUUGCAAAUGGCGAUAACUGUGGAGGUUUAGAAGUUGUUCAUAAAAAAAUAGAUUUUCCUCACAGUGAUUCAACAUGCGGAGGUGCGAGAACUGCUAUGGUGCGCAACCGAGGGAAGGAAACAGAAGGCUGUGAGAGAGCUGAAGAGGUUAGGUUUGAUUCGUUUGUUCAAUUAUGA